CCAAUGUACAACUUGUUGAGCCCCUCUGACUACCUGCGUCAUCUCGAUGGCCCGGACACCUCUUCGUCUUGCCAUAAAGCACUCGUAUCCCUCAACAUCAAGAAGGCCUAUAAGCCAUACCCUGAGGACGAUCCAUUCUACUACAUCAAUGCCACUCCCGCUGCUCUAGCCGCUUAUAAGCCCGGUCACAUCCUCAGCUACAGAUCCAUCGAGCUGACCCCCUUCCCUGGUAUCGACGGCACUAAGCUUAAAACUUGGCAGGUUGCUUAUGUAUACACCGACGCCGAUGACAAGGCUGCUGUCAGUGUGUUUGUAGUCAUCAUGCCGAACAACUCCUCAAAAGAUAGAAUCUUACUUCAGCUCCCAAAGACGGAUGCCGCCAUCUCAGAGUGCCGAACGAGCUACUCAUUGAGAAAGGGUAGCGCGGCUCGUUUCGCUUCCCUCUCAGAGUCGCCCUUCAUGAGCAACUUUCUCGAUCAAGGGUGGAUCUGUGUCAUCCCAGAUUAUAUGGGCCAGCAAGAUGCCUUCGGCAACGGGCCUCUCGCAGGACGAUGUGCACUCGACGCAGCCCGCGCUGUCUUGAUGUUCGGGGCCCUGGAAGUGCAGCCAGACGCAAAGCUUGCUUUCUGGGGAUAUUCAUCCGGUGCUCAAGCUGUCGGCUGGGCCGCUUCUCAACAGGCUCUUUAUGCGCCUGAGCUGACGAGCAAGAUUGUGGGAUGGGCGGCGGGUGGUCUCCCUGGUGAGUCAAAAGCGAUAAGCGUUGUCAUUCUCAAAUCUGACCGGGUGGCGAUUGUUUUUGCUAUCGUAAGCAACAGUUAUCCCGCGCUCAAGCAGUGGCUCGAGGCUAGCCUCACCCCCGCAGGGAAGAAGCUCUACGGCAAAGCUGCCGAGUCUUGCUUUGGUGGCUUCAUGUUCGCCUCAUUCCUGAAAGAUGUACUCGGAACGACGUAUUUCAGACAAGAGAGACCUCUAGAAGAAGCACUUCCCCGCAAGAUUCUUGAUCAGCUCAAUUUGGAUCGACCAGAAAGUUCCGUGCCAUCACAACCCAUGCUCAUCCUGGGCAGCUUGCACGAUGAAGUUGUUCCCACUGCCGAUCUGGACAAUCUUGUCGAUCACUGGGCCCAAAAGGGAGCCAGCAUCGAGUAUAUCAGAGAUAGACUGAGCAAGCACGUCACUCUGUGCUUCACUGGCUUCCCUCCUACCCUUCGCUGGCUGCAGAAGCGCUUCGAUGGCGAAGAGUCGCACUCCAAGCCGGGCCAGCCUUAUAUCCGCACCAAGAUGACGACGAAGACGGCAAAACCUCGCCCACCGAUGAGGGAGAAGGGAAGGCCGAUGCCGCCUUGAAAGCUUCGGCGGAAGAAAAUCGUAGAUCAGACGGUCAGUCAAUGAGUGGGGGUGGUUCAACCACGAGUGCCCGGGCCCAUACUAAUUUUCCGGCACCGUCCUCUUCUCUUACAGUCCCUCAAGCCCGUCGCCGCCAGCUGAAGCAGACUCUUGCUGCUUUCAAAGACAAGGUGUACUUCUACUGAGACUCAGCGUGUCCGAUCAGACUUUGCGAUGCCUCAUGUCUAGCAUCAUCUCCGCCCUUUCCUCUCCUGACCCUUGCCGGAACAAGGGUACAAGCUCUUCCUGCGGCACGAAGACGAAGAGUUCGAUGUCGGUCUGUGAUUCGAAUGGCAUCUCUCAUAUGCUUGUCUUAGCUUGUAACCUUGAGUGCCUUGACAUGUGUGGUAUUGGAGAUGUCACCAAGCGUG